AUGUACAAAUUUGUUCUAAUCGCUUCGAUAGUUCUCAUUAUUGGAGGAAUGCUUUUAACCGCAUGCAGCUUAUUCAGUCCACUAUGGCAGAUAGCAGAACGACCGAAAUCAGCCGAGAUCCAUCAUCAUGGAUUGUGGUGGGAUUGUGUAGUCUCUGAUGGAACUCUAAUCCCAUUAGGCGAAGCAGUUCCUAUUCAGAAAAGUGAAAACUGCGCCAACAAAUUUGAUCCUACCGUGCAACUACAACUAAGGAGUGCACUCGAAACGAGUGAUACGUCUUCCAGAGAACUACUUCUUCACCGAUUUCUGCCUCACCAUAAAGCUGUCAUCUUUUUCUCUGUCUUUACGUUUGUAUUUGGCACAAUUGGCCUGAUCACUGGAGCGUGUUCACCUUGUUUUCCACCCAAUUCACUACUCUAUGUGGUUUCCAUAUUUAUGACGAGGGAUGGACUCCCUGUUUCUGCUGAGCCAGGACUGACUCAUGACAUCCUUGUAUCCCGCACGUCGCCAAAAGCCUGCAAUCAAAUGACUGGGAGGUGCAAGGGAGGCGGUUUGGAGUCGCCUCCAACAAAUAAGCUCCACAUGUCCACUCCGGGAGAACGAAAGUUCUCCCAGAAACUCAUGGGACUAGAGGCUUGCAACCUCCCCAUGGGUUUUUAA